AAAAUGUAUCAUUAUUUUUUUAUAUUUCUACAGUAAAAAUGCAGUAAAAUACGUACAAGCCCAGAAUCGGAUCUGUAUCCUAGAUAUCGAAAUUGAAGGCGUAAAAAGUAUAAAGAAGACGGAUCUUAACCCACGUUAUGUGUUUAUCAAACCACCCAGCCUGUUGGUCUUGGAAGAAAGGUUACGUGGUCGAAGAACCGAGACAGAAGAAAGUAUUCAGAGAAGAUUGGCGAAAGCUAAAGAAGAAAUAAAAUAUGGUGAAACGCCAGGAAAUUUCGACCUCAUAUUAGUCAACGAUAACGUAAAGAAUACAUACAAGUACUUAAGAGAUUUCCUGAUAAAGGACAUUGAGGAACUUAAGAGAAUAAGAAAUGAAUGAGAUACCCGGUAUAAAUUCAGUAGCAUGGGAUAUUUUAGUGAAAGCAGUGGAUUUCUGUAAACUUCAGCUGUAGCUGUGUUAUUUAUUAAUUAACAUGAAGUAAUGUUGUUUUAUUUGUUUCGUAUAUUUUAGUAAAUCUAAUUUAAAAGUUAAUUUUAGGCAUGACAUGUUUGACCAGACAAACAUUUUCGUUUUGUGUUUCUAAAUUUAUAUAUAUAUAUAUAUAUAAUUUCAAUUAUACAUUUGAGUAACUGUUUCACAUUUUGGAAAGAAAUUUAAAACAUUACUUACUAAAUUAAACCAAUAUUUCAUAUAUGUGUUGGUAUUAAUGCCAUCUUCUGAACUUCUGUUGUUGUAAAAGAAACAAAACAGUAAUGUAUCUUCGUGCAAUAGAUAGUGAUUUUUGUUUGUAGAAAUAAAUUUUCCCAUUUAAUGUAGUGUUUACAUUUGUACAGAUAGAUGUUUUACUGUUUUUAUUCAUUAUAGCUCCUGAAAAACGGACCAGAUAUUUUUUUUUGUUAUGUGGUAUUCGGAGCAAACGGAGACUGUUCAAGAAACAUUAUUGACAGUCUCCGACUGUUAACAUUUCCGUUUGUUAUUGAUUUUAUGUAGUUUUUCUUGCAACAUACGAUUGAUAAUUUUAACUAGUCAUUAAUGUUGUGAUAUUAUUUAUUUAAAUCACCAUUUCUGCUAAUCUGAAACCAAUAAUCAUUGAAGCAUAUUAUUUAUGUAGUGAAUAUUAUGAUGGUUUAAACAUAUAGAUUGGGUUCUUGUAUUAUUUUGCAGGUAAUAAACCGAUUUAUUUACGUAGCA